ACUACACACAUCAACUUGCUGCUCAUGGGAGUUUAACUCCAACCACAACAUUGAGGAUAAUAUUCCCAGUGCUCAGCACCAGACUACCAGGAAGGAGAUGUCCAGUACAACUUUCCUGCCGCCGGCCGGCCUCAGGUCAAUGGCCCAAUCUGCCGGACUUGCGGAGAUUGCAGUUAGGCUGUGCUUGAACCAACGCGAACAUCUGUGUCCUCACGUUUGGGUCCCCAUCCUGAAGCCCCAGCGCCCCUGCAUCCGUCCUCCAGUUUCAGACAUCUUGAGCCAAGUCUACCUGCUCCCUCCGCUCCCGUUCUCCUUGGACUAUGACGACUCGGACGAUGACCUUUGGCUCCCGAUCAACAAGAACAGACGCGUGAUCUUCGCCGACUCGCGGGGAUUGUCCCUGACGGCCGUGCAAGAGUUUUCCGACGAAGAGGAGCAGUCGGACCUCAGCCUGCUGCCGUCGCUGCGGGGUUUGGGAAGCAUGACGGGGGACGGCUACAGCUGCACCGUCAGCACCUGCUGCCCGGGAACUCGGCUCAAACUGGGCUUCCCACAGCCUUCCGCCGAUUUCAAGGCCUUCCGUGCCAAGCUGGCGGAGAGCAUGGUCACCCUGGAGAACUGCAGCGUGACUGAACAGGCGCUGCGAGGCACGGUGCGAGUCAGGAACAUCAGUCUCCAGAAGGACGUGCGUACGCGCAUCACCUUUGACUCGUGGCAGAGCUACGGAGAUGUGCCGUGCACGUACGUGCAGAAACGCUUCGGAGGGCCUCAGACAGACAUCUUCGAAUUCGACAUUGCCGUUCCAAAAGUGCUGGAUGCUAAAAGGAAGAUAGAGUUCUGUUUGAGUUAUUUGCCAGCAGGGCACAGCCAGCCCUUUUGGGAUAAUAACAACGGACAGAAUUACAGCAUUGCCGUGUGUGUGAGCUCACAUCUCUGUCGCGGGAAGAAUCCAAUGCCUGCCGUGUGCUAGAAGACUCGGAAAAGACUUUGAAAAGACUGAAGUCUGACACCAUCUCCCAUUUAAAGACGCUGAGUUUUAUGACCUCCCUACUCCACAGCAGACAGGAAACAAACAUCAUUUCACUAGCUGCUUUACCUUAUCGUACGCACCAGCCCACUGUGAAAUAGUUCUCUCGUCGCGCCUUGCAUCCUAGCCACUGAACGCUCUAUGGUGAUUUCGUCAGGAAAAUGAUUCGCCAUUGUACACUGUAUGUGUAGGUGUGUGAGGAAGUUGCCAGUGGAGAGCCAGCAUCUUUUUAUUUGAGGUUAGGCCUGCUAACUCAAAGUGCACAGAUUUGUUGAUUAAAUCAACUAAUCGAUUGGUCGACCAAAUCCUGUGUUGUGCCUGGCACACACUAGAAGACGCUAGUCUCGCUUUGCCAGAUCUUCCUCCACAGCGCUGCAUAGGAGGGUCUGGCGAGUCCAUA